AUGUCGACCAUCGGUGUGACCAUUGAUGCCUACGCAAUCCUGGGAGUUGAGCGAAAUGCCCGAAUCCAGGAUAUCAACCUUGCCUACAGGCGGCUCGCCUUGAAGCUUCACCCAGACAAGGCUGGAAACACCGCUGCGACCAUUGAACGAUUCAGAAAAAUUCAAGAUGCUGUUGAGCUUCUCCGCGAUAAAGACCGCCGGCACUUGCUUGACGAGGCCCUGAUAAAAAAGACCAAGAGACAUCUAGAUCCCGAUGACGACACACCACCUUGGUCCUACAGGGGCAAUCGCCAUCGUUCAUCAAAGCGAGAACGCCACGGAUAUGAUUUCGACUACUGGCCAGGCCAAUUUACCGAGUCACCAUAUGAAUGCAAGUCAACGAAUCAACGCCAGUACAGCCCCAGCUACUACUACAGUUAUGGAACAAGUGUACACAUGGACCCAAAUUCAGCUGAAUCCAAGGAAAAACGUGCACAGUUCCAGGCAGAGAAUACCCAGUGGGAGAACGAAUGGGCUGGCAUUGAUCCAGAAGUGCAGAAGGCAUGGGCAGAGCGUCGCAAGGAAAACAUGCGGGCUCGAAUGAAGCGUGAUCUAGCAGAUAUCGUGGAAGAGCAAGAUCAUAUUGUCGAGGGAGUUUUGAACGAUUUCGACUUUGGCUAUGGCCAUCAGUUCAAUCAUUUCGCGGAUGUCCUGCCUGAAGAGGAUAUCAAGACCUGCAACCCUGCAGACACAUUCGACGCAUUUGCCUACGAAUAUGCCAAGGCGUUCGGCUCCUCUCCAGAUUACUCUGACUCUCCAGAUUCCUCUAAUAGCACUUCUGAUAGCAUUUCCAGCCCUAAGUCUGCUACGAGCAACGAUUCAUCCGUCGACUUCUCAACAAGUUGCUACUCUUCCAACGAUACUCAUUCAUCAGACGGGCGGUGGACUUUCAAGUCCACCGCUGAGAAUCCAGGUGUCAACUCCCCCGACUACACUAAUUCAGGCAACGACCACUCGACCUUCAAGUAUACCGCUGAUGAUUCAAAUGGCAAAUUCCCCACCUACACUCAUUCAGCCGACGAGCACUCGACUUUCAAGUCCACCGCCAACGAUUCUAAAUCUACCACCAGCAGUUCCAAGUCAGAUGCUGACAAACUGAUCAAUUCAUACAUGGUGGGCCAUGAUUCAUUGCGCCCUCUAGUCUCAUUCCUCAAGCAGAAGCUUGACGACCCCCGUGGGCGCUACACUAUUGACGACCUUGCUGGUGAACUAAACGGCCUCGUGCUGGAGACCUAUUGUGGCUGGUUGGAAGAUGUCCGUCUUUCAGUCCCUACUGCAUCGCCUAUGAAAGUUCGAAACGAUCCCAAGGUUUGCUCCCAUCUCGGAUACUGGUACAAGGAGUUCUGCCGUCCCGUGUGCAAUAUCUGCAACAUGUGGUUGCCUACAUACAUCCUCACCUGCCCUGGCUGUGGUAUGAUGGCCUGCGUCCGAUGUAAAUUCUCUGGUCAUGUUCCUCUCCUCAGAUCUGGUAUGCAGGAGUAG